AUGCUGCUGGCUGUGCUGCUGCCGCUGUGUCUCCAGGACCUGGGGUUCACCCAUGGGCACCCACUGUACAUGCACCUGCCCCCGGCACCCUGCAAGCUUGACCCGCGGACCUUCCACAAUGACCUGGCCCUGGUGCACCUGUGGACACCCGUGAGCCCCGCGGGGGCCGCGCCCCUGUGUGCCUGCCUCAGGGGUUCCGGGAGCCCCCCCACCGGCGCCGUGCGCUGGGGGCACUCUUCGGAGACGGGCCUGGAGAGGAGACUGAGGGGGGCCCGGGUGCUGCUGCUCAGCGCUGACAGCUGUCCCGCCAAAGGCCCCCCGGGACAGGCAUAUUUCCUCUCUGCGCCCCCUCUUCCCCCUUCUACUUGGAAUAAGCCUCCUCCAGAGGAGGGCUUGCGGGCCAAGGGCCCAGAGCAGGGGGCCCUGCGCUUCCUCCAGCCCCCGCGGCCUCCUAACCCGGCGUCCCCCCAGGAUACCCAGCUGCCGGCGUCAAGUCCCAGCAAAGGAGACUUGAGCCCAGCCGGGACGCUAACGGCUGCCUGCGGGGGGCCGAAACUGGCCACCCUCCUGGACAGCCAGGCCUGGGUCCUGCAGGCCCUGGCUGACCGCGGCUCCGAGACGCUGACGGCUUUUCCCAGCCCGGUGCCGGCCGGCGGUCUUCGGCAGCUGGUGGGCCUGGAGCCAGCUGCCCGCCUAGUCAGCGCCCCCAGGGUGCAGCAGGGGGCAGCAGCAGGGCCCGCUGCUGACCGGUGCUGGGGCUUCCAGGGCUGGACAGACCCCCGGCUGCAGUGGAACAUGGAAGACUUCGGCAACAUCAGCGUCCUGCGCCUGCCGCCUGACAUGCUGUGGCUCCCAGAGAUCGUGCUGGAGAACAACAACGACGGCUCCUUCCAGAUCUCCUACUCCUGCAACGUGCUCGUCUACCCCUCGGGCUAUGUGUACUGGCUGCCGCCCGCCAUCUUCCGCUCCUCCUGCCCCAUCUCCGUCACCUACUUCCCCUUCGACUGGCAGAACUGCUCGCUCAAGUUCAGUUCGCUCAAGUACACGGCCAAGGAGAUCACCCUGAGCCUGAAGCAGGAGGAAGAGAACGGCCGCUCCUACCCCGUGGAGUGGAUCAUCAUAGACCCCGAGGGCUUCACAGAGAACGGGGAGUGGGAGAUCGUGCACCGGCCGGCCCGGGUCAACAUGGACCCCAGCGUCCCGCGGGACAGCCCCGGACAGCAGGAUGUCACCUUCUACCUCAUCAUCCGCCGCAAGCCCCUCUUCUACGUCAUCAACAUCCUGGUGCCCUGCGUGCUCAUCUCCUUCAUGGUCAACCUGGUCUUCUACCUGCCGGCCGACAGUGGUGAGAAGACGUCAGUGGCCAUCUCAGUGCUCCUGGCCCAGUCCGUCUUCCUGCUGCUCAUCUCCAAGCGGCUGCCCCCUACGUCCAUGGCCAUCCCCCUGAUUGGCAAGUUCCUGCUCUUCGGCAUGGUGCUGGUGACCAUGGUCGUGGUGAUCUGUGUCAUCGUGCUCAACAUCCACUUCCGCACACCCAGCACCCACGUGCUGUCCGAGGGGGUCAAGAAGCUCUUCCUGGAGACCCUGCCCAGGCUGCUGUACAUGUCCCGCCCGGCGCAGGACGGGCCCAGCCCCGGGGCCUUGGUCCGCCGGACCAGCUCCCUGGGCUACAUCUCCAAGGCCGAAGAGUACUUCUCUCUCAAGUCCCGAAGCGACCUCAUGUUCGAGAAGCAGUCAGAGCGGCACGGGCUGGCCCGGCGCCUCACCAGCGCACGCCGGCCCCCGGCAGCCUCGGAGCAGGCCCAGCAGGACCUCCUCAGCGAGAUGAAGCCGGCCGUGGACGGGGCCAACUUCAUCAUCAGCCACAUGCGGGACCAGAACAACUACAACGAGGAGAAGGACUGCUGGAACCUGGUGGCCCGCACGGUGGACCGACUCUGCCUGUUUGUGGUCACACCUGUCAUGGUGGUGGGCACAGCCUGGAUCUUCCUGCAGGGAGCCUACAACCAGCCUCCCCCUCAGCCUUUCCCCGGGGACCCCUUCUCCUACCAAGAGCAGGACAGGCGCUUCAUCUAGGUGGGUCUG